AUGGGGCGGAACGUAUUCGUGUUCAAGAUAGGUGGAGUGGAGGUACCGAUGAUCAUCGAUUCGGGCGCGGAUGUCAAUAUCAUUAAUCGAGAGAUUUGGAAUCAAAUGAAGGAAGCAGGAGUAAAGGUAGAAAACAUGUCCACCACAAUCGAUCGAAAUUUGAUGGCGUAUGCAUCUGCACAACCCAUGGAUAUUUCUGGAAUGUUUAUGGCGGAGAUUGAAGCAGGAAGGAAGGAUUUCGCAAAGUUCUACGUGGUCGAAAAUGGUCAACAGUGUUUACUGGGAGAUCAAACAGCUAAAAAUCUCAAAGUUCUAAAAGUAGGAUUCAACGUAGGAGCAGUGAAGGAUCAGAAACUAGAGCCAUUCCCAAAGUCUCCAAUGGUCCCAGUCACCAAAGAUUCGGGAGAGAUUCGCCUAUGCAUUGACAUGCGUCAGGCAAACAGAGCGGUUUUAAGGGAGACGCACCCAUUUCCUCUGGUGGAUGAACUACUAAGCUCAAUGAAUAGAGCAGUGCGUUUUUCUAAAAUAGACAUCAAAGAUGCUUACCAUCAGGUGGAAAUUUCCGAGACAUCCAAGCCUAUUACUACUUUCAUCACGAAACAUGGUCUAUUCAGGUACCAACGUCUAAUGUUUGGUGUUAGUUGUGCACCAGAACUGUUCCAGAAGGUGAUGGAAUCUGUAGUUGCUGGACUGGACGGGGUAAUCGUGUAUCUUGACGAUGUUGUUGUUCAUGGGAAAACUCAGCAAGAACAUACCGAAAGAUUAAUGGCUGUUUUACAGAGGUUGGACGAAUAUGGAGUGCUGCUGAAUGAUAAAAAGUGCGUGUAUAACGUGAGGUCCCUGGAAUUUCUUGGCCAUAUACUUUCUGUUGAUGGCAUCCAUCCAACAGAGAGCAGGGUAGACCUAAUUCAGAGAUUGAGAGAGCCACGAAAUGUGUCCGAGUUGAGAAGUUUCCUAGGGUUGGUCUGUUACGUCGGCCGUUUUAUUCCAGAUUUGGCUUCAAGAACUGAUUCUCUAAGAAAGCUUCUUCGGUUAGGCGUUCGCUUCCAAUGGACAGAAAAAGAAAGGAAUGACUUUGAAGCAAUUAAGACCGCUAUCUGUAACAUCGACUAUCUGGGCUUUUUCAAUCCCAAAGAUCGUACGAAACUUAUUGCAGAUGCCAGCCCAACGGGGCUCGGAGCAGUUUUACUGCAGGAAGAUGCGAAUGAACGAUGGGUCCUUCGACUACAGGCUUACAAUUACGAUAUAGAACAUAUACCUGGCUCAGCGAAUAUUGCGGAUGCCCUUUCCCGGCUAACAGUAAACUCUCCGGAACAAUUCGAUGAAGGUGGUCAAAUAUACGUACGAAAUGUUGCCGAACAAGCGGUGCCAGUUGCACUAACUUUUCAAGAAAUCACAAAUGAGACCAGAAAUGAUGAAACUAUCCAGGCAGUGGUCAAGGCUCUUGAUUUAGCCCUGAAGGAAGAGUUUCCGAAGGUAUACAGACCUUUUGAGACUGAACUAUGCAGUGUUGAUGGAAUACUACUCAGAGGUAACCGACUCGUUAUCCCAGUAUCACUGAGAGAUCGCGUGAUAGAACUAGCUCACGAAGCACACCCCGGGUUUGCGACAAUGAAGCGUCGUUUGCGGCAAAAGGUAUGGUGGCCAUUGAUGGAUAAAGCUGUGGAAAACUGUGUGAAACGAUGCAAACAAUGUACGUUGGUCUCUUCACUGGGAGUUCCAGAACCACUUCAGAGAACUAAAAUGCCCGUAAAACCGUGGAUCGACAUAGCUGUGGAUUUCAUGGGCCCAUUGCCAUCUGGUCACAAUCUCUUAGUUAUAGUCGACUAUUUUAGCAGUUUCAUCGAAGUCAUAGUGAUGAAGCAGAUCACUGCCAAGCACACUGUCCAAGCUCUUCAUGAGUCCUUCUGUAGAUUCGGUGUUCCAGAGACAAUGAAGGCGGAUAAUGGUCCACAAUUUAUAAGUGAGGAGUUAACAAUGUACUGUCGCGAAUAUGGCAUCCAGUUGCGUAGGACAAAUCCUUAUUGGCCUCAGACCAAUGGAGAGGUUGAGCGAGCGAAUAAAACUAUCCUUAAACAUUUAAAAAUAAGCCAGGAAUCUGGGAGUGUGGACUGGAUCUGGGAUUUACGCACUUUCCUACUAAUGUACAAUUCUACACCUCACGCAACAACCGGAGCAGCGCGGUCCGUUUUAAUGUUUGGGCGAGCCUUACGCGACAAACUUCCAAGCGUCGAUCACAGACGGGUCCCAAUGGAUGAGGAGGGGAUUCAGGAUAGAGAUUGGACGAAUAAACUCAAAGACGCAGAGUACUGCAAUGCUCGCCGCCAUACAAAACCCACAGAACUCAGAGAGGGGGACAUAGUGGUCUCUAAACGAAUGUGUAAGACGAAUAAGCUAUCAACAACUUUUGCUCCUGAAGAGUUCCAGAUUACUAAAUUGACUGGUUCAGACGCAACACUUAGUUCAACGGACUCAAAUCGUAUCAUUCAUCGCAACGUAGCUCAUCUGAAGCCCCUGAUGAAGAACACAGCGUCGGAGGAAGCAGAUGCCAGGAGACCAGAAAAUGGAGAUGGUGCUACAUCACAAGAGUUUCAGGGCAAUGAACUUUCAGGCUCUUCUCUACCGAAGGACCCAAAUCAACGCCCCUCAAGAUCACUACGGGUUCCAGUAUAUUUGAAAGAUUAUCAUACCGUUUAA